GUAUGCCUUUUGUCUUUUUACUUUGUUUUUCUUUCUUUUUUGUAUGUUUUGUUUUUCUUUCUUGUUUGUACAGUAUUAUUUUGGAUUUAAAGUUUGUAAUUUUUGUUAUGAUUUUGCAUUGAAAAUAAAAUAUUUUUUAAAAAUAAAUAAAUAAAUAAAUUAUUGGAAAACACAGAUAAUUAAAUGCAUUCCCAUCUGGGUUGAAUCCUGGCCAUUGGGGUUCAAUCCGUCCAAUAUUGAGGGGGCCAAUAUUGGACGUUGGGUUGUUGUUACGGGGAAGCUACAAUAAUUUUGGAAAAAGGAAUUUGCAAAACAACUAAAGUCCCAAGUUAAACCCAGGGGUGAAGCGCAACCUCAACCCCUCGAGUCAAGUUCAGAGCCGAUGGCCCAGCCGAGGGGAAUGGAGCUUUUGCCUGGCCAAGCUGUCGAGUGGGUGCCGGGUCGUCCCCAGGGAGGAUUCCUAUGUUGAGAAACGUAUCCCCGAGUGGGUCACUCCAUUGUUGCCGCCCCGCAGACUAGACGGGAGGAGUAUGACUACAAGGGACCACCGCAAUGACCAUGGGAGGUUCGGGCAGAGGACGACUAUUGAGAGCCAGAGCGCCCGCCCCAGAAAAGUCGCCGACCAACAAUGUAUUGACCGCCUAGCCCAGCCCGGGUUUACUCGCCAGAAAGGUCUUGGGAGCCCUGCGGGCCAGUUAAACGGUCCAAGGAAGAGGAGAGGUAUGGGCAGCAUCCCAAACGCUCUUACAGGUAUGAAGGGCAGGAACUUCAGCAUCCGGAUGGAUGAGCCCCAAGUUAUCGCCCUGCCCCAAGGUGCAGCUAUGACCAAGCACUACGAGAUGUAGUUCCAAGGCGCAUUACUUGAGAGUUUACCCUGACGAAUUUUGACUUACGUUUUAUCCCUGCGUAUAACCCCCCCCCAUGGAUGUCUUGACCUAUAUGACUUUAUUCAAACUAACAUGCCAGGAACUGGGGGUCCCCUCAAAACUGUAUAUGUCUAUUAUGAGGACGUUGAUUGGUGGGGAGUUGGCGGAUCUCAUGGGCCAUCUUCCUUUGUCCCACGCGCUAGAUUAUGAACCAUAUAAACGCCUUGUUUUGCAAAGAUAUGGACUGCAUGCGGAAAGCUACAGCCACACAACUCAGACCUUAUAUAAACCAUG